CACAGCUCAACCUUCCGAAAAUUGCGAUGCUUGCCGGGGGCAUUUUCGGAGUUCCGGUGAAUCUAAACCCCAAAACGUACACUUUUGUUUGAACCUGUUUUUCUUCUUCGUCGUUCUUCUCUCUAGUCUUGUUCAGUCUAUCUUUAUACUCUGCUGUCUGCACAGUUUGUUUGUAAAACGCCAUAUCUCUUUGCAAAUUUUUCUCACCAUUUUCUUUGUCGAUUCCUUUGGAUUUUCUCUCUCUAAGAGGAGAGCCACAAAAUUAGGGAUUUUUUGUUUGUUGUUUGGGGUUAUUGGCGAUUGAAGGUUUUAUGUUCGGACAUUAAUGGCGGAAACCUUAGGUUGUGGAUCGGGAGGGACGUCGGAGGGAGUAGCGGAGACCAAUGGCGUGAAAAUGGAGGGAGGUUUUAGGGCUGAGAUCGACACCUCGGCGCCGUUCGAGUCCGUGAAGGAGGCGGCGAGUCGAUUCGGCGGAAUCGGUUACUGGAAACCCUCUCAUGCCAAGCUUCCUCAGCCGGAGGUAAUGGACGACUGUAAUUUGAAUUCCGUAGAAGGCGUAUGCCCCUACCCUUCUGCAGCUCCUGGAUUGAUCUUAAUGGAGCUGAAACAGGCAAAGCUGAACCUUAGCAGGACUACAACUGAUCUUGCUGACAUUCGAUCUUCUGUUGAUUCAUUUAACAAGAAAUUAGAGAAGGAAAGGUUUGCACUUGACAAGACCCGUGAAAGGUUGACUCAGAAUUCUUCAAAAAUAUCAUCCCUGGAAGAAGAGCUAAAUCAAACAAAACUGAAGCUACAAUUGGCAAAGGAUGCUGAAAGUAAAGGUGGUUCGGAGAAUCCCUUAGAUAUUUCAAAGGAGCUCCACCGCUUGAAUUCUGAGGUGGAGCAGUUCAAAAAAGUGGGAGAAGAUGCAAGAUCAGAAGUUUUAAGAGCUACACAGGAGAUUGAACAUACAAGAACAAGGAUAAGAACAGCUGAAGUCAGAUUGGUUGCUGCAAGAAAAAUGAAGGAGGCAGCAACGGUUGAAGCUGUUGCUCUUGCAGAGAUCAAGGCUAUAUCAAACAAUGAUGGCUCAACUGGAAUUACACUUACGUUUGAGGGGUAUUCAUCUCUGGUCCGCAGAGCUCGAGAUGCUGAGGAGCUAUCUAAGAAGAGAGUAGUAGAUGCUAUGGAGCAAGUCGAUGAUGCAAACAUAUCAAACAUGGAAAUUUUGAAAAAGGUAGAGGAGGCAACUGAAGAAGUCAAAACCAGUAGAAAGGCAUUGGAAGAAGCUCUGAGCACAGUGGAGGCUGCAAAUAAAGGGAAGUUAGCAGUUGAAGAAGCUCUUCGCAAAUGGAGAUCUGAACAUGGUCAAAGAAGACGUUCUAUACAAAACUCUACCAAAUUUAAGAAUUCUUCCGCAUCUCACCACCGGAGAGAUUCACGCCUGCUUGAUGUGAACGGACUUAAUCUGGUUACAGAUGGGUCAACGCCUGUUCUGAAGCCAACCUUGUCAAUUGGACAGAUACUAAGCCGGAAGCUGCUGCUCCCAGAAGAUCUGCAAAUUGGGAUGUCUGGAAAAGAUUCUGUAAAACCAAAGGUGUCUCUGGGUCAAAUGCUCAGCAAACAAAAUGGUGAGCUAUCCUCUUCUUUUAGACCAGAGAAGGAGAACGUUCAAAAGCAUUUUUCUGGUAAGAGAAAGAAAUUUGGAUAUGCUCGGCUUUCACUACUUUUGGCAAAGCAAAGUAAGAAAAAGAAGAAGACAACUGCGAAUUUGAGGUAACGUAGUAGUUUAAUCAGUUGGUCUCAACCAAAUUUCUGACUUCUAAUUGCAUUCUUUUAUUUCUUGCCUCUCUGAUUGUUCCUCUUUAGAAUUAUAUCAAGCUGUAGGCCUUUUUCUUUCCUUCUUUUUUUUUUUUCUUUUUUUUUUUUCCGUC